GUUUUUGUAAUGUUGGCGAAACUGCUGUUGAAGUUUGAGUUAUUUAUUAUUUCAUUGAAGAGGCAAAAUCUUGUGCGCUGGCGCACAGAGAUACGGUGGAAUUUGUGCUCCAUAAUGUAAAGUGACACAAUAUGUAUUAAAAAGAUCGGACGAUACAGAUUUGAUUACAUAAAUGUGUAGGCACUCAAGUGGUCAUAAACAUAUGUUUAUUCGUUCUAAAUUACAUAAUUGGGAUGGUGUAUAAGUUUAGGUGUGGUCUAUUUGUGGUAUUAAACUAGUUUUUGAUCUUAAAAAUAUGCAGGUAGAGGAAACACCAACCCUCAUACCACCAAAAAAAAGACUCGUCAAGAAGUUAGGUGGGCUAAAUGGCCAUGUGGAUCACAUUGUGGUUUUUCAGGGACACAAGGGUAGCCCACCAGGCGACAGUAUUUCUUCUCCAGUGAGCGAAGGAGGGUUGCUGGCAGACAUGAAGGAGGUGUCUCAGGACAGGAUGAGCACGCCAGUCCUGAGCGAGGCAGGCACCAAGGAGACGCUGUCUCCUGUCGUGGAGAACGGCCACCCGCUGGGGUUGGCGGGUCUGCCAGAGCUCGCGAGCGUCACUACCGGCAGCCUGAGCCAGAGCGACCAGAGCCUCGACCUGGACAUCAUCCGGGACGUGAAGAAGGCCAAGACGAAGAAGCGCGUCAACAUUUGCACGGACCGCGGAGAGCCGGAGGACGAGGUCGGGGCGGAGACGGCGGCACUCCGGAGGGGCUCCGAGACUUCGGACUCGGUGGCCGACCACUCAGUGAUCAGCAGCAGCACGGACGGCUGCCUGACCAUGACGGGGACCAUCAAGCGCGGGAAGAAGGCAGGGCAGAGCGUGGAUGUGCGUCUCAACAUCUCCCGGGAGGAGCUGGAGGUUCUCGAGGCCACCAUCGCGGCCAAGAAGCGAGGAGGCCCCGCUCCCGUCUCUUCGUGCUUGCUGUGCGGACCGCGUCACGGACCGCACGUCGCCGUGUGGACUGCUCUGUGCCUGCCGUUUGCAGUCGCCGUGUCAGGGGCGUACUCCUUCUACAUGGGGACUCUCACCUGGUAUAACGUCUUCACGUAUUACACUGAGGAGAAACCGCUCAUUUGCAGGAUUCUCGUCUCUCCUUUCGUGAUCCUCAUGUAUCCAUUUCUUAUUGUGGUGUUCACCCUGGGACUGGGGCUGUACGCGGGCUUCACCCAACUGUCCUGGUUUUUUGACAGCUGGCUCAAAGAGAUCACUGACUUGGAGAAGGGCUUUUACGGCUGGUUAUGUGCCGCUCUCAAGCACGAAGACUGUUCACCAUAUGAAGUUGUGGUGCUGACUGACAUACAAGGCUCACUUGAAGGGGGUCCCACCAUAAGGUCAUCCUCUGAAGACUCAACUAUCUGAGAUCACGUCACAAGAUUCUUCGCCUGUUCUGCCCUUCUUGAAACAAUUUAUGAUAUAUACAGUUUAGACUGAUAGCAUCACCAUAUCUUUAGGAUUAUGUCUUACUGUCAUUCAUUGAAUAAUUGACUUGUUCACCUUUUCUUAAUCACCUCUUAUCUUUCCUUGGUUUUUCUCUUUCAACUACAUUUGCCAUAACCUUCCUCAAUUUUUAUUUUUGUAUUUUAGUUGUAAUGUCAUUCAUAACUUGCUUUACUAUGCAGUAUUUGAACUUCACUCAUUAUGCAGAUUCAUAUUAUUUCUUCUUUCAUUUUAUUAAAAAUAUAAAUGUUGAAUUAAGAAUAAAUGUUUUUGUUCUCUAGAAAAAUUUUAAUCAAACUUUACAACAACCUUCAUAAUAAAGUAUAUAUGUCCGCAUGUGUGGUAAUCAACCAUAAGGUGGGUUUAAUCCUACCUAGCGCUGGAAGUUUACAUUUGAAUAGUACAUAAUAGGUACUAAACUAUUAGACCUAACUUACAGAAAAAGUUGCAGUACAUAUAACGAAAACAUACAUAAUCAUAUUUUAUGUUUUUGUCACAGUUACACAUCAAUAAAAAGGCCCUUCAAUUUCGUCUGCUUUUUGGAUUCAUUUUCCUUCUUACGAAUAUUGUAAAGAAUUCCCAGUGAAACUAUUUUUUUCAUGUCCAGGUAGUUGAGAAGACCUUUGGUAUAACUGCAUGCGAGAGAGUGCGACACUUUUACAGGCUGUCCGCCUUCAUACUUGCUUCCAGUUUCUGCCUUGUUCUCUUCCCGUUUGAUUGUCUGAAUGAUACCAUCUAACCAAGCUGGUUUGCAUCACAUUCAAACCAUGCCACAAUGUCCUGCUCACGUACUUGCUCACCGCCUUUUACAUCAUUUUCAACUUGCGCUGAAUGUGCAGCUGAAAUUACCAUUUUGUCAUUAGCGAAAGCUAGGAAAUCGUCUUCUUCAUUAUCUGUAAUAAUUUGUCUUCAGAAUUUUAUUAGUGUUUAUGGCUUUAUUCGAUCCCAUGCUGCAGCAAUUUCGUAAAUAGUUUCCAGAACACUGUAAUUUUUCCAAAAUGGUUUUAAGUAAUUUCCUUCGUCAUUGUGUUCCGGGAGCAAACUUGAAUGAUAGAUUCGUUUCAAGGUAGAAAUCACACCAUGAUCCAUGGGCUGGAUUAGUGCAGUGACAUUUGGUGGCAAAUAUGUGACGAAGAUUCCACCAAUGUCUGUUUUUAGUAUGUCAAUCUUUGCUUCUCAGAAAUUCACUGAUUUUAGGUUCAAAAGUUUUAUCAAACCAUUCCUUAAGUAUGACUUGUCAAGUCAGCUCUUGUACUGGUAAAAUAUUGAGGCUUUUCUGCUUUUCCUAUGACAGCUAAUUUUACCUUGCGUGCCCCUGAAUCAUUUGAGUGACACACAACUGUCAAUCUUUCUUUACUAGUCUUAUGGUCUGGGCGCUCUGUUCACUCUCAGAUGCUAGAGUUCGUGUGUGUAGACAUUUUCAUAGUGUAGCCCAGUUUCAUCUGCAUUGUAAAUUUGAUCUGGGAUUAAAUUUUUAGUGAUCUAUGAUUGAUUAGAGAAAUUUAAAUGAUUAGUAUAAUUUGUCCCCAACAGUUCUUGCUGUAUGGACCGAACUGAUAUUCACAAAAGUCACACAUAACCCUUGCAAAGCUGUAUUUUUAGGUUUUUAUUGGAUUAUCAUCACUCACUAUCAAAGUGAGGAAUUUUGUGUAUUCAUCAUGAGUUUGGUAGCUAAAAUAAGAUUUUUAAGUGUGUAGCUUCAAAAACAUUUGAAUACCCAAGAUAAACCAGGAUAGUUUUAAAGUAUGCAUACAUUUCUUCCAAAUUAAUUAAAUCUUUUCAGCUCUUAGAUAUUGUCUCUGUUAAUUCUUAUUAGCUCAAAAUAUUUUUUCCUGUCAUUUUUCUGCUUGUUUUAUGAGUAUAAUAAAAAGAUAAUCUGGUUUAGCAACAAAUAGACUGACCCUAAAGUUGUUUUUGGGGCAUUAUAUUACACAUGAAAGUUCUUUUAACAGUGAAUCAGUGUCUUGUCUCAUGUUGCACCUCUCAGAAUACUUGGACGAGAAGUUAAUCUUAAACAUAUGCUGUUUUAUAAUUUAAAAAAAUACAAGAUUUUUUAUUUUCAGUAGAAACCAUGAUUAAUAAUUUUUUUUUUUGAAAAUAAAAUAAUUGUUUUUACCAAAAGUGCGUAGCUGUGUACAUAGCAUGAAACUUUCAAAUAAACACAUUUCAUACGUAGUACCCGCACAUCACAAAAAAAAAGUUUUGGCUUAGUAUUUAUCAGCACUUCAUGUACAGUCCAUGUACAGUCCGUAUAAUAAUGGCACUUGUUGCAACUUUUUUUGCUGAGAUUAUGUUGCAGUUUUCCGUGGAAAGCUAAAUGUGGUCAUUCUGUUGUGUUCAAAUUGUUGCUUCACAUUUUAUUUAUUAGUAUCCAUUUAAUAUUAUUCAACUUGUUUGAUUCGCUCAUACUAACUGUAACUAUACUUUAUUGACUUGCCUCAUUUUUCAUAAUAAUAUAAGAUAUUGCAUCUCUCUUGUACAUAUCUUAAUGUAAUUUUACUAAUUUAUGGAACCUCAUUUUAGCUAAUGUAAGUUUUAAUUAAAUGUCUGUUGUCUGUGAUUAUAAUAACAGAGGUAGUUGCCAGAUGUCAUAAAGUUUUGUUCGUGUAUUUGUUGUACAUACAAACCUUAAAUAUGUAUGUACUCAUAGGUGUUUUGAAACACUGGCUACUAUUUUAACUGUUGUGUGUAAAGUAUUUAUUUGAACUGUUUUGUAAUAAAAAAAAAGUAGAAUGUACUUGUGAAUUGUGUAGUUUUAUAAUAUAGAUGGUUAUUCUCAGUGAAUUUUUGGUGCUCGAACAAGACAAGUUUUGAAAAUUGACUAUGCACAAGCUUCUCGGUCGCCGCCAGAAUUUUCUGGCUCCCCGCUCAAUAUAUUGCAGAGUCCCGGGUACUGUUAUAUUUAUUUACUACUAUUUAUUUGGGAUGAUCUCAUGGUUUUAGAUGUAGUUAUCGUCUUGUUCUGCUAAACCCAGCGGUAAUGUUAAAGGGGCUAAGUUCAUUAAGACUUUGCUAAAAUGUGUUGACACAUACUGGCAAAUUUUUUUUAUUUUGAAACUUAAAUUUUCUAUUUGAAAAUACUGUAUUUUGUAAAAUUUAAGAGUAAAUAGUUACUUGUCUUGUUUAUUUUUUUACAUUUAUUUUAUGGUUAGAUUUUUGAACUGUUAUAUUCUCUGUGAGAAUUUGUUGAAUAUACAUAAGUACUUUCUUGCAUCCGACUAUUGCAAGUUGUGUUUAGGAGGACUGAUACAUGGUCAUUAAGGCUCUCUCUCACACCAUGUUGGCUGUUUCCUUUUCUUAUCAUUACAAUUAAUUAAGGGAUUUUUCCGUAAACUUAUCACAAUAGCUCUCUUCAUUUUUAUUUUUCAACCCAAAUUUUCUGAACAGAUAUUUUCAAAAUAUUAUUUAAUAGCGGUAAUAUGUCACAUAAGUGUUCAUGAUUACUAUUACUUGCACGACCUUUGACAACUUCUAAAUAACAUUUAGUAAACAUCUGGUGAGAAAGCUACCGUAGUAAAUUUACAUUAAAGUAGUUCAAUUAAUUGUAAUGACAAGAAAAUUAAAUAACCAAGUCAGCUUGUGAGACCGAGACUAAAGCUAUGCUCGCUAUGUUCACAAUGUUUGUUACGCGAGUAAAAUAUAGCCAGCUGCAUCUCGGGUGUCGCUGGCUACACAAAGCCGUGUUCCCUAUGUUGGCGACCUCACCAGAUGUUUGGUUCUCGGCUAUUUUUCUAAAACAUCGCUGAUUUCGUGUAUGCGUAGAUAAACCAAAACUUCUGUUUUUGUGAGGAGUUUGCUGAACUUCUGCAUUUACUUUUUAUGAAGUUUAAUUGUAUUGUGCUUUAAAUAGUCAAGUUGACAGAAAAGUUAUUUUAAGAUUACGAAAAUAUUCACGUUUAUGGAAUAAAUCAAUGGAAGAAUAUAGAAAGGCAAAUGCUUGGGAUUUGAAUUUUGUUUCGUCUUCACAAUCAACUGCUUCAUCAAAUGAUGAAAUUCAUCAAAUCCUUUUGUUUUUUAUAUUCAAUGCAUGAACCCAUUUCUUCUUACGUUUAUAUACUGUGAGAGUCAGCAGAAUGUUAUCAUCAUCAGAAUCCUCACUUGAAUCCCAAGGCAUACGUCUCUCCAACAUCGCGAACUAGACUAUCCUGUCUGGCCACCUGGCACAGCGAACAUCGCGAACAUAGCUUAGCUUUCUGUUUGGCCUCAGCUUAAAGCACUACUUUACUUUGGCAUGCUUACAGCCAGUAAACCAGAGUUCAUGUUAUGUUGCACUGGCAGCUUUCCUGUUUCUCAUAUACUUCUGUCCCCAAGAGAACGUAUUUUCAUGUUUUUCAAAAUCUCACAUACUUCAAGAACAUCAGGAUAGAAUAUCCAUUAGGUCUGUGGAAAUUGAUGUGAUUUGAAGAUAAUUACUGUCACGAAUGACUGAUAAGUUGUAAAUUAAUUUAAGAACUGUAACAUAUAAUGUAAUAUUGCAUACAGAUGGUAAAUUUAUUUAUAAGUUUUAAGGAUAGUGCAUUUCAUUGUUAUUAUUUAUCAAGUACAUAUUGAUUACACCUUAAAAAAGACUGAUAGUGUAUAUGCGAGGAUCUAGAAGGCCUUCUUCACAAUUUUUAGACAGAAAAACUGAUUCUGUAUGCUAAAAAGUAAAGAUUUGAGUCUAUGUAAAAGCUAUAAAAUGAAAACUAAGUUUAUGUAGUAAUGCAGAAAUAAAUUGCACCGUUAAUUCUUUCUUUUAAAUAUAAUUUGUGCUUGAAAAUCUACACACUUCAGUCAUUAGAAAUACGUGGUACGAGCAUUUUGAAAUUGAUUUGUUUGCAUUUUGCUUAUAAAAUUUAGCAUUUAGGAGCAAAUUGUAUUUUUUGGAAGUUAGAAUUCAUUUGCAUUGCGUCCGAUAGUCUUUUGCAUUUUCCAUCGUAAUCCAGAACUACACUUGAGUAGUAUGUGGUGCUACCAAUGUGAGUGCUUUGAAGUGUGCACUGCAAGGAACCAUCUCUGGUUAAGUUUUUGCUGUAGUUCUAAACGACACUGGUGAGGCAUGUGGAGAACAAUAAAAUAGCUAUGUGGAAUAAAACUUAAAUAAAAAUCCUAAUUGUGGCUAACUUUUAAGGUAUAGCUACAGUCAAUACGUAGUUGACAAUUAUUAACAAACAACUUUCAUCUGAAAAGAAUUGUCAACUCAUCUUUUGUUAACGUUUUCGUCACACUACCUGAAGUUAAUUUACAGUGGAGAAUGCAAAAUGUUAAACACUUGCGAACCAAGCCAUAAAUAUUUACCAGAAUUGAUUAUAGUUUUGGUAAGAACCAACCCUGUGGGUGGAAAAGAUAAUAGAAAUUAUUGCUCCUUGUAAACUAACAUAAAAUAUAUGUUAUUUAUAUCUAUGACCAAAGGUAGCAUACAUAGCAAUUACAAACAGUUGAUUUUCUAAAUACAUAGCAAUUUGCUAUUUUCACAUACCUCUAGUCAUCAUUGUCUUGCUUGCCCCUGCUGUCUUGAGUGUGUUGAUCUCGCAGGCGUGCCUUCUCCCGAGUGCCAAGGUCGCCUCGCCAAGACUUGUCAGUAUUCUUCCAAGUGGAAGCUAGGAAUCAUGUACGAGAACCAUUCAUUGCACCCGUCAUAGCUAAGGUUUCAUUUAAAUGCUGUUAGGAACAGGGACGUAACUAGUUUCCACACGGGGCAAGAACUCAUCUUGGCACCCUUUUUUUUCUUUCUCAAACCGAAACCUCUUUCCCGACCACACCUCAUGCCGCCACAACAUAUUAAUUCCGCUAUUCCAAAUAUUUAUUGAUUCAACUUAGUUGGUAAAUAAAUAGAUUUAUUUGCAGUCGCUUCAUUUUUAAUGCAUCGCAAAUUGGAUAGUACACAAAAAAUACCUGUUCUUAAAUUAUUGACGAUAUAUACUUAUGUAUCUUUCACUACCAAUAAUUCAGUUCAUCUGCCCUCCAACUUUUUUUUUUUUUUUGUGUUCUAACGUUAUGAUACUCAAGGAAAUAUCUAUAGUAAAAAUUACCCUGCCAGUUUAGCUCCCCCCCCCCCCCCCCCCCUUUCCUAAAAAUGUGGUGCCCGAGGCACAAGCCCCUAGUUACAUCCCUGGUGAAAUAGUUAGUUCUGUAUUUAUAAAACUGCAAAAUUGCUCGUGUUUGUGUCUCGUCACUUGAACAUUGUGCAGGAGACUUGUCUCAAGCAUUAUUGACUGUUUGCUAAUAUAAAUCAUUUUAUUUAUAGACUGAAAAAAAUAUUUUAACGCAGAUUUUUUUGUAAAUCUAGUUUAGUAAUGGAUGGUAUGUUAAAUGAAUUAAAUGUGUUUUUGAGAAAUUUAUAUUAUACAUAGUUUGUACAAAUGUUUUCAGAUUCAGGAUGCACCAAUUUGUUUGAUGUAUUUUUUUUUAUAUUGUCUUUUAACAAGUAAGACACCUUACAGUUAAUGUUGUGUAUUUUUCCUUGAUUAUUCAUGUCAGAACUAUUGUCUAUUAUUUAAAAUUUUGGUGUUAAAUAACAUUAUUUUUACAAAAAUUGUUGACAAAUCCGUGAGGCAGUGAAUCAAAGGACUUAGAUUGCUGUGACAGACUUCAUCAAGCCUGAUUCAUGCAUGCUUUAUUCAUCACGAGAUCUACGUCAUCAGUCCGCACUUCCCAUUUAGAUGUUUGGUUGGAAGCGCAGUUCCCAGCCAUUCAAAUAUUCUAUUGAUUAAAUACAGUAAAACUUUGAUUAACUGUCACCAUCUGGACAGGGCUGUGACGAUUAACUGAAUAGACAUAUAACAGAACUCUCUUAAAACAUAUGUACAGUCAUGUGAUUUCACUGAGGGUUUGGGAUGAAAAUGAAAUUCUUUACAAUUGAAUAAUACAUACAUAUUCCACCGUCGUACUAUACAGUAGGUGUAAAAAAAUCUGUGGAUAACUUUAGUGAUGUCUGUUUGUUCAUACACAUUUUUUUGACCGUGACAGAUAACAGAAACUGGCAUUUAAUCAAGUUUUUGUGUGCCUUGAAUGAUGGUAAGUCAAACACAAGCACUUUAAGUGUACAAACUCAGCAGAGUCCUCUCAUAACAUAUUAGUUUGCAAGAAAUUGUUUAUAAUUACACUCACAUAGUCUUUAAUUUUUUUUUUUAAUUUAGUGGUAACUUUGUGUUCUUUGAUAUUUAUUCAUCUAUAAGAACAAAUGUUUUUAUUUUAUUUUAAUUAUUUUUAUAUUCAGGCAGAAAUAUAAAAUGUGAGACCCACCAUAACAGGUUAGGAUGUGCUAGUUGCAAACGAACAGCCUAAUUCAGGAGGACAUGUAAGUAAAGUUGCGUCAGAUCAGCCCUGAAGCUGCUGACGUGAACAGUAAAACAGUUGAAUGUAGCAACAUAUCGUCAAAAAAAAACUAUGCAGCCUAUCAUAGGUGGGCUUAAAGAUAUAUCACAGUUUGGUGUAUGGUUAGUUUAGUGGGUGGAAUUACUAAACAAUUAUCAGCAAUAGGAAGUAACAACUUUGUUUAAAAGCUUAUUGUGAAAAUUUUGCAUUUGAAAUGAAAUUUGUAAAUGUGGUAGUCUUUAACAGGCUCAGGUAGCGUUUGCUUUUAAGAGUUCUCAUUUCCACCCUUUCUUCAACUCACAGUUCUAUUAAGUACCUACUGCGGGCUCAAAAUAACUUGCUUGCUGUGUUUAUCGUGACAUUUUGACUUGAGGAAUGCUGAUGUAAUAUACUGAAUUGUGAUGUGGUUUUCGUUAUAACAAAGUCAACUUUGCUUUAGAAUUGUAACUGGAAUAACUGUAUUUAAUAGUAAUAGAAUUUGAGGAAAAAAUGUGGUGGCAUAUCCUGAAUCUCUGAACGAAGAGGGAAGGGUAUAUUUUGGUGUUCAGAAACUAAUGAGUUUCUUUUUUUUUUUAAACAUUCCAUCAGCAAAACAAAGUGGUGUUAAUUUCUCAAACUUUUUUGUCAUUGUAGCUGUGCUCUUUGAGGUGGGACAUCAAUAUUACCUGGCCCUGGAAUUUUGGGGUGUAUGUACAUUUCUUAAACCUCUGUUCUAGUCACUGGCACUAUAUUUACGUUCAUUAAUUUAUUCAUGCUAUAGGGAAUUUUGCUUUAAUACAGUUCUUUGGAGAUAUACACCACUGCAGAUUUGCACUGAUUGUCAUUGAAAAACUUCAGGAAUGAAAAAUACAAAAUAAAAAUGAAAAUGUAAUCCCACAGACAAAAAGCCUGAAUCAGCUGAUGUCAAAUUAUAAAUAUCAUACAGCACAGAAGAUUCAAUGGAAGUAAUUUGGUCAUGAGAAAAUAACAGCACAGACGAACACAGUGGGCUAAAUAUGAUGAGACAGUUCCAACAUAGCAGACAAACACAACAAUGAAAAUAAACAGGUAUUAUGGAUAACACAAUGAUAGCACAUGUGAACACAGUUGCAAUGUUUCUGGAACUGGCAUAUCUCUGUCUGAUCACCAGUCUGUUUGUGACUGAUGACAGGAACAGAUGCCAGUUGCCGAAACGUCGAAACAGUUUUGUCAUAAGAAGUGUACUGUGUUGUCGUCAUAUUGUCCACUGUUUAUUUUCAUCGUGUUUGUCUGUUUGCUGUGUUGUCCAGGUUUGUUGUCUGUCUGUAUUUACUGUUCUUGUUGAAACCAUCUCAUCAUUGUUAGCCCACUGUGUUUGUCAGUGCUUUUUUUUCAUGACUAAAUUCUUUCCACUGAAUCUUCUGUGCUGUCUGAUAUUUAUAGCUAGACAUCAGCUGAUUUAAGCUUGUUCUCUGUGAGUCGAUAUUUCAUUCUUGGAGUUUUUUCAUGACAAACAGUGCAAAACUGCAAUGGCAUUAUGUCCAAAGAAUUGUACUAUAUCAUUAAUUUGUCAGAAAUUGACCAUUUAUUAAGCCAUUCAAUUUGCUAAUGUGUAAAGCAAUUACAGUAUCUUGUAUGUUGAUGUUUGUAAAUUAUUAAUGUUGUAUAUCUGAAAGUGCUAUUCAUAUAAGUAUUACCUAAUGUUUGUCUAUAAAACUAUUGUGUGUUUUUGAUAUUCUAGUUUUUCUUUUGUACUUUUACAUUCUUGGUGUUUAAAAGAUUUUGUGCAAAAGGUAUAGAUUUAAAAACCGUAGUAGUGGAAAAUUUAUGUUUGUGAAUACAUAAAUAUGUAUUAAUGAUUUUUUUUUGUGGACUGUGUGUUUUUAUAUCUUAAAGACAAAGUAUGAAAAAACAAAAUGUAGUAAUUGAAUAUGUAUGUACGGAAGAAUACAUUUUUGUAAUCUUGUUUUAAAUGUUUGUGUAGAGCAUGUAUAUCAGUGUGUGUGUAUGUAUGUACAGACAGGUACCAUGAAUAUAUAUAUCUUAAUUAAUUAUGGUUCCUACAUACAAAAAUUCAUUGAUACAGAUAUGCCAGCAUUUAUUACAGCUACCAAUUAUACUAACUAUUUUAGCGGUAAUUGAUAUUAAACACUCCUUGGAAAGUCAGUUCCUUAAAAUUGCAACAAACACACAAAAAAUUCAAAUAACAUAUUAUAUUCAAAUAUACGUACUCAUAACUUCAUAAUUUUGUCUUACUUUCAAAUGUUUAUGUGCAGUGCAGAUUAACGAUCAAAGUUAAAUUUAAUUCUUGAAGUGAAACUUUUUUGUUUAGGGGAUUACAAUUUUCUGAGCUUUAUAAAAGCUCCGAUCGCAAAAUGGGAAUAGUUAGGGACGUGGUGGGGGAAUUGGUACAGGAGGAGAGUUCGUCAGUUACUACACCAUUCCAACACAUGCACUAGCGAUCAAAAGAGAAGACAAGGGGUAUAUGUGUGUAGCGUAGCAAGCUACAAUCACAAUAAUGAUUGCCUCUCCCUUCAAUGUGUUCUGAAUACACCAUUGGCCCAUAAUCAUCUGUUGCUUGCAGUUCACAUAGCUCUGCAUUAUAUCUAGGAAAUACUGAACUCAGUUUUGCCCAUUUUCUUGAUUUACUCAUAAAAUAUUCCUUGAAGUUCUACAAGUAAGAGCUGUUUAAAAUCUCAUCCUGCACUUUCUCAUGUUGUCAAAUUUUUAUUAAAUAAGUUGCCACUCAGAUGGUAAGUUAUACAUUAUACAUGCUGAAAUACACCAAAAUAUGUUCGGUAAAGUGUGUUAAGUAGUAUGUACUAUGUAGUUUCACCCAUUUCAAAGCACUGUGCAACGUGUAUCUUCCUGGUAGGAGAGUUUCCAUUUGAGUUGAUUCCUCUCACUUCCAGGCUUAACACACACUUCACUCUGCAUUCCUCCUCCUGUCUGUAGGUCUCCUGUGUGCAGAGGGAGGCAAAGAUGUGAGAACACUGAAAUAAGUCAUAUCAAGGUGAAACUUUCAACACCGUCAAACACGUCUUUCAUUUCAGAAAAUCCAGGUUCAAAUCUCAGAACAGUUUUCACAUCACUCAAGGCAAAUUGUGGAGUGCUUCAGUACGACUAUGACUGAUAUGAGGCAUCAUGCUUCAGCCCCGUGAGGUUCAGCCGUCUUACUGCCGACAGUGUGAUACUCUGGCCAUUUACUCUAUUGCAAGGAAAAACAAACAUUUGUCCUUUUUACUACAUCAGAAUUAAUUGAAUGCUACCAAUUUAAUGAAUUUCUGGAAUAAUCACUCUUCAAUGAUUGAAUUCAAUACAAAAUGGAAAAUACAAUUUGUUAAAUCUAUUGAUAAGGAUUUUUAUGUUUAUAGAGAUGUUGGGAAAUGAUAUUUUGUUUUAUAUAGUGACAUUUACAUUUCUGGGACUAAGUGCUUCACAUCUAGAAAUUAUGUACAGGUAUGGUCUCUCGUACUGCAUUUAUGCAUAGAGGCUUAAAGCAAUAGACCUACAAUAGUGUAGUGAACUCUGAGCAACUUGGGGUAACACUUUUAAAAGUCCUAGGUCCUGCUCAGGUUCUCAUCUUGUUUAUUGUGAACUAACGUCAUGAGCCCAGGAAUGUUUAUGUAUGCUGGUGCAGAAUUGGUUAUUUUUUAUUUCAUGUAUCAUUGUUUACUUUGAGUUGUUUGGGGAAAUAUUAGUUUUCAGUGAAAGUAUGUUACUGAAGCCAUGAAAAGGUUUGGACUCAAAUAUAUUUUUAUGUCACUCGUGAAAUAACAUAGCGGUAUAUGAACAUACACUGAUACAUGCUGUAUGCAAUGUAAUUUUUGUGUUGCAAAGUUUUGAUGAAGUUAUUCAACUUUUGUUUUAUAACUGGAAUAUGUACCAGUAGUAUUAUAACUAGCAUAUCAAAAGCCAUAUUGGCAUGAAAUAUUUGGGAUAUCUUUGAUUGGACCAAAAAUAAUGUAGACUGACAAUAUUAAAAACUGUGUAUGUACAAUA